AUGCCCGAAUCAAUCUCCGUCACUCUGCUCGGCUCUACAGGUCUCACCGGCUCCGCCACCCUCCGCUCCUUCCUCUCAUCCACCUCUCAGGCCUUCUCAAUCUGCACCUUCACCCGCUCGGCUCCCGCCAAUACUCCGACCGGUCAUCAAGCCACUACGCACGCGAAUCGGACCUUCCCGGACCUCUUCAGCGCUGUGACGGAGCAGCUCGCGAGUAAAGGAGACGUAUAUGUCAGCUGUCUGGGGACGACAAGGGGCGCGGCGGGCGGUUUCGAGAAUCAGAAGAAGAUUGAUCUGGACUUGAACAGGGAUUUGGCGAAGAAGGCGAGGGCGGAUGGGGCAAGCGUGGCAAUCCUCGUUUCGUCCGGCGGCGCCAACUCCAACUCAUACAUGGGCUAUCCCGCCAUGAAGGGACAGCUAGAGGACGACCUGAUCGGCAUGAACUAUGAACACACUGUCAUCCUGCGUCCGGGACUUCUCAUGGGUCCGAGGACGGAAACUCGCGUGCCGGAGCUCAUGACCCAAAAGGUCUUCUGGGGGUUGGGGAAGAUCGGACUGCCGAUGGACAGUCUGCGUAUUGAUGCUGCCGACGUCGGCGACUGUAUUGCCCACUUUGCGACCAACCCUCCCGCGGACAAGGUCAAGAUUGUCGGAAACAACGAGAUGAUCGCAGCGGCGAAGCUGUGGCGGGCGGCGGCGGGUCAGGCCAAGGCGACUUGA